GGGUUCUUCAGUGGCGGGGAAGAUGAAGGAGAAGAGCAAAAAUGCGGCGAGGACCAGAAGAGAGAAGGAGAAUGCGGAGUUUCUGGAAUUGGCACGGUUGUUGCCGUUGCCGUCUGCAAUCACUUCCCAACUGGACAAGGCCUCCAUAAUCCGCCUCACUACCUCCUAUCUCAAAAUGCGUCAAGUCUUUCCAGAUGGUCCUCUGGAAAUUAUUUGUGGAGUUAUUACAGACCUACCUGUUGAUCAGUGUUGCCUUUGUAGAUUUGUUUCUCUGUGCUUGUGUUUGGACAAGAAUCAGGGCUGGGAGUGGAGAUGCGAAAAUUGUGUGAAGUGUUUCAAGUAUGGUUUUCGGUUACUGAUGACGUGUGGCGUACGGAAGGACGUGGAAACUUUCGAUUGUUGUCCUUGUAAGAUGAACUCGGUUGUUCUUUUCUGUCGGUUUGUGGUUGGAUUUUCAACACGAACGUUGGAUGAUGUGGAAAUGAGUGAAGGGGACCUUUUGCGUGGGAAAAGUUUCGGGGCGAGAGCUCGUAAAUUCCGCUGUGUGAUGCGUGUGACGCCCGCGGCGAGAGAAGACAAAUUUGCACAGGGACCUCGCGAUCCGCUUUUGCUGCUCCUGCCGAACUUCGCACCUACUCGUCUUGGGGAUGCUUGGGGAGCAACACCACCAAUGGCUGCGUCAAGAGAAAACAACAUCAGGGAACUUGGAUCCCAUUUACUACAG